AAAGGAGCAAUUACUUGGCAUUGUGUAGCAAACUCCAUCUUUGAAUCCAUGACAAAGAGUUUGGACGAAGAAACCAGACGAGAAACAUCCAAGUGGAUUGCCGCCUGGUGCUUGUCUCUGAUCCGAGUUUGGAGGAGGUGAGAGAGUGAACCGGUAGAGGAGGGUGAUUGGUGGCAAGUGAUGGCGAUGAGGAGGAAGGUGGGGGGACUUAUCCCUUAUAAGAGCGCUUGCCCGUACCUUCUACGUAGCCGCAAACGCCGUCGCUAACCGAGGAACUUAACUUCUACCAGCCUGCACCUGAAGGACCCUGAGGAUUGUCACCCCAACACGGGUAGGAGUGCACGGGGGAGGACAGAGGGUCAAAUUUAUUCCCAAAAUGAUUUUUUUUAACAGCAUAUCAGAUUGAAUUUAUAUAUUGAAACAAUUAAGGUCACCAUUAAGGUCUCACUGUGUUAUUAGAGGUGGGCUGUUGUGUAUGUGCUGCCGACAAGGUGAGUAAAAGAUACCCGUACUAAAAUACAUCCAGUCAUUUUUGUUAAUAAUUUAAAAUAUAUAGAAAGUCAGAAAAGUUAAGUGUAAUUCUCGCUAAUGCUAAUAACUACCAGAAGACUGCAGCUUUUCAUUGAGCUAUUAAAAUGGAUGCCGGGAAUUCCGAGACACGGGCGUGGAGAGGUUUUCUGUGAGGUUCCGAAUGAAGGUCGAACCCCCUCUGCCCGGAUUUUUUGCUUUUAUGCUCUCAGGUGAAAGGGCGAAGACACUGCCAAGAGUGCGUGACCUCGCGGUUUUAGCUGAACUCAACUAAAAUGUGUGCCAAGUGUGUCGUAGAUGAGAAGAUUCACCAUAAUGCUAAUUCCAACGCCUUUUCCUUACAUUUUUGUUUCGAUUCACCAUAUUUUCUAAAUAAAAACCCGAAAUUAUUAUUUUUUUCCCCCCCACUUGACCAAUUCCAAACAUUCCAACGUCAAAUAGUUCAAACAAAUGCACAUUUCUGCAAUCAGCAAUUUCCACAGGAAUUUUCUAGUUGUUAUAAUUUGGCAGAGUCUCUGUGUGAAAUAGAUCACACAAAAAUCAAAAACUAAAAAGACUCCAUAGGUAAGAUGGAAGGAGAUAUAAUAAUAAUAAUAUGUGGGGUCAUGGGUCACACGCCGGGAUUAUGAAUGUUGCCGUACAAUUUUAAUCCAAAGAGCCAAUGUCCCGAGAAACGACGGGAUCCCUGCGUUUCCCUUUGUGUAAGGGGCAGCGGGGGGCUUCUGCGUUUAUCCUACUAGUGGGUCUCGUUUUCUUCUACUGGCUCACAAAAGAGAAGCCUUGAGGUCACGGCUGGCGAGAUGUCAGGAUUAAGGCCUGCUUUGCUUUUUCUUUGGGUUUCCCACAAAGAGAAGAAGAGCUCACAUUUAAGUUGUUUUUUAUAUUAAUAUGAUUAACAUAGGUUACUAACUGCUUUUUACAUUCAGGUUUUUUUUUAUUUUGUUUAGUGUGACUCCUUUUUCCUCCAUGUUGUUAUUGUAUCUUUUCUCCUAAUGACUUUCUUCCUUCUUUUGACUGUCUCAUUUGUGUGUGGUGUGUAUUUGUGUGUGCGUGGACUUUAGUUGUCUCUGUUGUGUAUUUCGUGUUAAUCACCUCUUCAGUCGAGCGGGGUAUUGAGCAGCGACGCUUUGAAUGCUCGCCGUCCGCCAAUCAGGUGUCGCCUCUUGUUUUUUUUCUUCCACAAGUCCGUCUAAAUAGAAAUUAAGUGAAGCCGUUAACAACAUCUCACCUUGGAGAUGCGAACAAAGAAAAUCGAUAGGAAAGCGUCUGAUAUGACCCCCAUGUCCACCGUCAUUAAUCGACCCGAGGUGAUUAGACGCAUUGAACGGCGGAAUUGGAUUUAGCUUACCGUGUCUGCUUGUAAUAACGCUGCCAGAGUAAGAAUCCAAAUAGUUUUGAAUCGUACUUAUAGAAAAAGUCAAAAGGAAAAUAUAUUUUGGAGAGAUCUUUGCCAUUUUUCCUUUUUUUAAGUGUUUUUGUGAUGGAAACCACCCAGACACAAAAUGGAUGAGCACAAUUGGGAGUCAAUUAGGAUUUCAAUCAAGCUGAUUGGCCAAUCAGUUAUCAAUAGUUCAAAAAAAAGAGUGUGUUUGGAGUAGGCCUGACAGAUAAAGUGAAGGUGAAGGUUUGAUUUUUGUUUUUAUGUGGAUAUUUAUUUAGACAAAGCAGAUAAUGAACUCUUAGAAGCUUUUUGUCUGAUCGAUAAAGACAUGAGUCAAUAUAGAAAUAAAAUUAAUUUGGAGGAAAUUGGUUGUGUGCAAUAUUUACAUUACACAGCAGAAAAGUGAAAAACAUUUUUUAUGUUAAUUUGGAUUAUAAUCCAAAUAUAUUCUGCACCCAGCAUGCAAAUGAGUGUUCAAUUACGACCACAAUAGAAACACGAUGAGAUGAAAACUAUCAUAAAGUUUGAGUUUGGUCAUAAUAAUAUGCAGUGCGGUCAUUCGCCCAUGAAUAAUCCGGCUUUAGGUAGCUGGAAGUCAUUUAUUUUCAUGGUCAUGUUCUCGACAGGAGAAAAGUAAUAAUUGAGAAAAAAAAAUCAACCUAAGAGCAUUUCCAGACACUGUCCGAUAUUUUCCUCUUUUUCACACUUGACUCGCCCCACAUUUUAAAUUUCAAAUUCAACUGCCCUUUCUGUGGAUUGGAUGUUUUUCCGCAACGUUGUUGGUAAUCGUACCAGAUUUCCACCAGCACAGACUCUAAUGGGUUUAAUUAGCUGGUUUACUCAGCAGUUAAUCGGUUCAUUAAAAACAAAUUAAUUGCUUUCAGGGAGCUCCCGGAAGGAUUUGACAGUCGACGGGGUAUCUUGGCUUAAUUCAGUCAACAUAGUUGCUUAUUUGCAAUGGGAAUUUAAAAAAAAAAUUAAAAAAUGGGUUCACGAAAAUGAAAAGUUAGAUUACAGUUAGCCGUUAUUGAACGAGUAGCACUACCUGAACAAUUAUUUCUCCUGAAACCAGAUAAGUAUUACUUUGUAUUUAAAAAGAGUUCAUUAAAUGAGUGCAAAUGUUACUUAUGCUCCUAAAAAUGAGGUCGUAAAAAACUUUUUGGGGUUUUAUUUCCCCUUCAAAAUCACAUUCUAGCAUCUCAGUGAAGACACAAUCGUUAUUAAUGUUAUAAUGACGUGCAAGAAGCUUGACUUUUUCGUCAUUUUGUCAUCAGCGCCACUUGUGGGUUUUUUUCGUGGGGCGUAAACCAUUCAAGAUGUCUGCAUCUAAUCAAGUCUAUUGUUCAACACAUAUCUUUCUUUUAAAACCCGAUCCUCACAAAAAUAUUCUGUUCGUCGAGUAAGUACCAUUCAGAACAACACUCGAUGAUGAAUACUCGAAUAUUUCCAAAGUUAGCUUUGUGGAGAUCCAUUAAAAGAUGAAAAAGCAGGUCAUGUCUCUUUCGAUUCCUAACGAUGUGUUUUGUUUUGUGUGCUUCAUUAGGUCGCCAUUUUAAAAUGAAAAUAAUCGAGAUGCGAUUAAAAAUGGUCACAUCUAAAUAUUUGUUGCAGACCAUCAUGAAGAUGCUGGUGGCGCUCCUGAUGCUGCUGUUGUUUUGUUUUGAUGGCGUACAUGCCGACUGUCAGGAUGACUGCCUGUCCUGCAGCCUCAUCCUGCCCAAACGACUCACCUUCAACACUAUGGAUUGUCUGUUUGAGUGUGAGGGCUCGGCUUCCCCAGCAUCUUCCUGGGACACCUGCCGUGGAUCCUUGUCGUUGUUGUCUAUGCCCAAAAGAUCCCAGGAGGAAGUGGAUGCCUUCCUCCCUGCUGAGGAGGAAGAAAACCAGAGGAAUGAAGAAGGGGAAGAAGAGCUACCCUUACAAAGAUUCGAUCACAUGACCCGGCUGCUCAAAAGGGACGCGGGUUCCCUGUCCUUGGACGAAGAGUACGAGGACUCUGACAGCGACGUUGGUCUGAGCGCCUCCAAGAGAUUCGGCGGCUUUGUGAAGGGUCGCCAUGGUUACAGGAAGCUGAUGGCGCCGGCCAGGUCCUACCAGAAGCGUUACGGCGGCUUCAUCGGGAUCCGCAAGUCGGCGCGCAAGUGGAACAACCAGAAACGCUUCGGAGAGUUCCUCAAAGAGUAUCUGGGCAUGAGCACUCGAGGUACAGAGUACAACAGCGUCUCGGAGGAGCUGAGCCGGCACAAUGAGGUGUAGAUCGGGCAGCCGACGCACCUCCAUGCCCGAUUCCCAGUUAGUGCCUGUAUGUGGACCGUCUAUUUACAUCUACUGUCAAGUGACGCAUAUCUAAUAUUACCGUGCUUAUGUGUAGGAUGCUUUCACGUAUAUACUGUAUUUCGCUUCCUCUUGUUGAAACACUUGUAAAUGGGGGUGUGCAUCUCCAUGCAGAAAGAAAUGACAUAAUACGAUUCAAGGAUGUAACGAUUUUGUAACGAUUAGUCGUCAAAUCAAAACUUUUUUUUUUUUUUUUUUACACCCCAGCUUGUAAGGUACAAUAAUACACAUGGAUAGUUCAUAACUUCUCUCUAAGAGGUCAACUUUUCAGAAAGCCCCUAACUUCGAGUUAUUUAUUCAAUACAAUGCACUAGGUCGCUAUUCUAAAACUGAAUACAAUCAUGUAGUUACUGUUUUAUUUACAUAAUGAUAUUUUUGACAGACUAUGAGGUUUAGGGUUUAGGGAUAUUUUAAGAAAGCUACUUGAUAUACAAAUCCACAAAACCAUGAUGGUCUAAUGAAAUUAUAAUGUGGGACUUGCAUUGAUUUUUUUUUUUUAACAAGGAAAAUGGAUUUGCAUGAUAACCUGACAUUUUGAGGACGUUUUGACGUCUUUGAGCUGAAUUGUUUUACUCUGCUACCAUCUGGUGGUACAAAAGAAAACUCCAUCACCCUUUCCUUGCUAAAAAAACACAACUAAAUUUUAAAAAUUCACCUCAGCGUUAGACAGUGGGGCAUUCAACUCAAUUUACAUACAAUGCAUUUACAUGGAGAAUUACACCUUAUGUAUAGUCCUAACAAAUGAUGUUUGUAACUGUCUUUGUUUUGGUUUGUUGGUGAUUGUAAAUAGCAGAAAUUUAAAAACCUUUCCAUAAAUAAAAAUA